UUAAUAAUUGCGCUUCUUUGAUUGGAGAGAUGGAAAAUAAACUCCCUCUCGACCAAGUACUGUAUUUUACAGUAAUGAAGAGAUGAAAAGUAUUUAUUGUUUGUCCAACUAGAUCCUUGUAGAUUACUAACACAUUCUUUCUAUCUCGAUAAAUGUUUAUUGUAUUAGUUUUGUGAUUUCAUUGAGUGAUGGAAACAAACAUAUAUUCAGCUGUUUCUAGUUAUUCGUUUUAUUGUCUUAAGCAAGAAAUCAGAAAAACACAAAACAAAAAAAUUGUGUUAGAAUAAAAAAGAAGCCUUCAAGUAAUUCAACGGAAUACUCUCUUCCUUUUGUGUAAGUAAAUCUUUUCUUUAAUUUGUUUUAGGAAAGUUGGUUUCUUUCCCCUUAAUCAAUGGGAGGUUUGUGUUUUGGUCUGUUGACUCUUAUGUCUUUUUGCGUGUUGUAUCAAUCACAAUUCCCUUUCCCUAAAGCCGUUAUUGAUUUUGAUUUAAACGUUUCUUUAUUUUAAACAAAAUAACUUCUGAUUCACAUUUUCCUCUUCUCUUUAUCUCUCACUGAACAUUUCAAAUCACUCAAGUUCCAGAAUUGAUCAUCUGGGUCGCGAAUUCUGCUUCUCCUCCAUCAUAAAUUAAGCGAACAUGUUGAGCAAAUGAGGUUUAGUUUCGUGAAAUGGGUUGUGUAUUGGGUCGACCCGUUUCAGUACCGGACUCAGUUUCUGGGUCUAGACACCAAAUCAGCUUCCGAAAAGAAACCAAGGAGGCCGUGUCCGUGACGACGUCUACCAGAAUCGAACCAGAGACCAUUAAUAGUAUUGUUGUUCCUGUUGCUGCAGCAGUUGAAGUCAAGGAGAAGAAGAAUGAAAAGCCAAAAGAGGAAAGUAAAAGGUCUAAUAAGGCUGACCCGAGACGGAGCAACCCGCCGAAGCAUUUGAUUGGUGAGCAGGUCGCUGCAGGUUGGCCAUCUUGGUUAUCUGAAAUCUGUGGAGAAGCUCUCAAUGGUUGGCUUCCACGAAAGGCCGAUUCUUUUGAGAAGAUUGAGAAAAUUGGAUCAGGAACGUAUAGCAAUGUGUACAAAGCGAAAGACUUGUUGACAGGGAACAUCGUGGCGUUAAAGAAAGUGCGGUGCGAUGUAACGGAACGAGAGAGCUUGAGGUUUAUGGCGAGAGAGAUUCUGAUACUGAGGAGAUUGGAUCAUCCCAACGUCAUCAAAUUGGAAGGUCUUGUGACUUCGAGAAUGUCAAGUAGCUUAUAUUUGGUGUUCCGUUAUAUGCACCACGAUCUUGCUGGUCUUGUCGCAAGCCCUGAUAUAGAGUUCACCGAGCAACAGGUUAAAUGCUAUAUGAAACAACUGCUCUCGGGGCUCGAGCAUUGUCACAGCCGAGGUGUGCUUCACCGUGAUAUUAAAGGAUCAAACCUUCUUAUAACCGAUGAAGGAGUUCUCAAAAUCGGUGAUUUUGGUCUGGCUACGUUCUUUGAUCCAAAAAGGAGACAACAUAUGACAAACCGUGUGGUUACACUAUGGUAUAGAGCACCAGAGCUACUUCACGGUGUGGUUGAGUAUGGUGUUGGUGUUGAUUUAUGGAGCGCCGGUUGCAUUUUAUGCGAGUUACUUACUGGUAGACCGAUCAUGCCAGGUCGAACCGAGGUAGAACAACUGCAUAGGAUCUAUAAACUAUGUGGUUCGCCUUCUGAAGAAUAUUGGAGGAAAAUAAAGUUACCUUCUAGUCAUAAGCAUGCUCAACACAGGCCCUUACCGCAAUAUCAAAGGCGCAUAAGAGAGGUUUAUAAAGAUUUCUCUCCCGAGGCACUUUCUCUUAUCGAUACUGUUCUUGCACUUGAUCCUGCUGAGCGUAAGACUGCCACAUCUGCACUGAUGAGUGAUUUCUUCACAACGGAGCCUCUGCCAUGUCAACCUUUUGAUCUCCCAAAGUAUCCUCCAACUAAAGAGAUUGAUGCCAAGAGAAGAGACGAAGAGUAUCGAAGACAAAGAGAGAAACGUAAAGCACAAGGCGAGAGUGGGAGAAGAACGAGAACACGAGAACGAGCUCCUAGAGCAAUGCCGGUUCCUGAGGCUAAUGCUGAGAUUCAAUCUAACAUUGACAGGAUGCGUUUGAUCACGCACGCAAAUGCAAAGAGCAAGAGCGACAAGUUCCCUCCUCCACACCAAGAUGGUUUGCUCGGUUUCCCGAUGGGUUUAUCUCGGCGAUUCGAACCGUCUGAGAUACCUUUUAGCUCAACCUCAUUCACUUCUUACUCCAAUGAGCCUCUCCAGAUGUGGUCUGGCCCUCUACCGCCGGUGGAAGUUUCUGACAUAGCGGCUGAGACGCGGAGGAAUGGUGGCUGCGGCAGCCACAGUAGACGGAUGGUUGUGAGUGUUAAAGGAAAGAGAGCCAUUGUUUGAACUUUGACGAUUUCUUCUUCAUUUGGGAGGACAGUGGGGAAAAUCGGAAAAAGGAGAAGAUUCGAUUUUUUUUUUCUUCCUUUAAUUUACAAAGAGAGUUGACAACAUUUGAAUUGAAAUGAGGAAAUUAUAAUAUAUAGUCAUAUUUACAUAUAUAUACUUUUCCCUAGUGUAGAGAAUCUGUUUUCUUACGUAUUUCUCCGUUUUGGACGAAGACAAAACUUAUGUUUUCUUGGAUGAAGAAAAGAAUCUUUUAUAA